GUCAUGGGGCUCUGGAGACCCACGGUGUUGUUAGGUCUGUUAGGGAGCAGAGGUUUACAGAGAAGCAUGUGUGCUCAGGUGGCAGACUGGCAGAGUGCCAAGUCAAUCUACGAGUUUUCUGCCAAUGAUAUUGAUGGCAAUGAGGUGUCUCUAGAGAAAUACAGAGGAAAUGUUUGCAUCAUUGUAAAUGUAGCCUCUAAAUGAGGAAAGACCAAAGUAAACUACACUCAGCUAGAGGGAAUGCACGCCUCCUACGCUGAGAAAGGUUUACGCAUCAUGGGCUUCCCAUGCAACCAGUUUGGAGGACAGGAGCCAGGGACUGAUGCCGAGAUCAAAGACUUUGCCAAAGGUUACAACGCCGAGUUUGACCUCUUCAGUAAGAUUGAGGUGAAUGGAGACAACGCUCACCCUCUGUGGAAGUGGAUGAAGGCACAGCCUAAAGGCAAAGGAUCCUUUGGAAAUAACAUCAAAUGGAACUUCACAAAGUUUCUGAUUAAUAAAGAAGGACAAGUGGUGAAGAGAUACGGGCCAACAGACGAUCCCAGCGUGGUGGAGAAGGACCUGCCACCGUACCUGUAAUGCUGCUGUCUCUGUGUGACUCCUGACCUCUCUCGUGGACUUCUGGGUAUUGGUGUGUGUGUGUUUGUCUGGACCAGUGACGGACUGUCUGUAAACCCAACAUUGGGAAGGGCAGGCCUGAUGAUCCCUAGCGUGCAACUAACCCCCAGAACACACCCAUGCCAGACCCUUAAGACCAUAUGAGAGGACAUUCAUUAGUUUAGCACAUCUUACAUCAGACUCAGCCAUUCCUCUUUCCAAUACAAAUACCAUGUCGUCCUUUCUUAAUGUUAAGUGACAAGUUUGUUCAUGUGUCAAUCUCCAUUUAUUGUAAUGACAUAAGAUGGUAUAUAUUUAAUAUAUUUCUGAAAAGCUUCUGAUAAUAUUAUUUGCACUUAACUUGCCGAAGGGUCCAUGAUUGUAUCUGUAACCUAUGAAUUGUCAUGUGAUGAAAUUGGAAAAUAAAUGCUGUUCAGAACAAUAA